AUGGACCGGUUGGACCAACUGGCCCGUUGGCCCAAUGGACUGGUUGGACCAACUGGCCCGUUGCCCAAUGGACCGGUUGGACCAACAACCUGUUGGUCGAAUGGACCGGAUCCGCGGGCCGAACUGACGCGGGAGGAGCGUGACCACGAGGAGGCUGAGCGGGAGCUUGGCGACGGGCCGGCGUACGACGACGGGCAGUGGCACCUCGACGAGCAGGCGCAUGGCGAGGAGCCGGAGCGCAGUGACGAGCCUGAAUACGGCGACGAGCAGGAUAGCGACGGCGAGCAGGAGCAUGGCGGGGAACAAGAGCGCGAUGAAGGGCAGGAGGCCGACGGCGAGCGGGCGCACGGCGGGGAACAGGAGCACCACGACCCGCGGCGGGACGGCGGCGAGCAGACACGCGCGGGACCCCACGUCCCAGGCGGAGUUGAGGAAGGAGAGCGCGCGCCCGGUGCGACACACGCCGGCACCACGAAGACAACGACAGAGGAGGAAGGAGAGGCGCAGGAGAGGGGGUCGCGUGCGACGGGCCCCAACCAUCGGGAAGGACAGCCUGCCCGCGAUGCACCGCAGCCGGAAGGCCAGGCUCGAGAGGGAGGGGACACGCACGAUGCCGACGCGGGGAGUACGCGGACGAAGCGAGGCAGAGGACAGACACGCAACGGGAGUCCAGCGUCGGUGGGCUGA